ACUUUCUGGUACAAACCAACGAGCAGCCGGCGACCAGACAGAGGCACACGCAGCGGGGAACGCGCUCCAGGCGGAGGCGCUGACGUCACCCGACGUAACUUCCGCCCCUUCGCGCUCCCUGGGACGCCCCCUUCUCCUGGUCCAUGUUUGUUUCCGGCGUUUCAAUAAAGCUCGAUUCGACUCGAAGAAAAGUCGUCCUUCCGGGAAAAUGGCGACUCCCGCUCGUGCCUCGGAGUCGUCGGCAGCCACGGAUCCGGAGCUAGCGGCAGGGCCUGCCGAGGAGGCCGAGUGCCCGCCACCUCCUCAGCCUCAGCCUCCGCAGAAUGUCCUCGCUGCUCCGCGGCUUCGAGCCCCAAGUUCCCGAGGACUUGGGGCGGCGGAGUUUGACGGAGCUGCGGGAGAUGUUGAAGCGCCAGGAGAGACUUUUGCGCAACGAAAAAUUCAUUUGCAAAUUGCCCGACAAAGGUAAAAAGAUCUUAGACUCUGUUGCCAAACUGAAAGCUGCCAUUGCAGAAUGUGAAGAAGUUAGAGGAAAAAGUGAACUGUUUCAUCCUGUUAGUUUAGACUGUAAACUAAGACAAAAAGCAAUUGCAGGAGUCGAUGUGGACACAGUUAAGGCCCACAAUACUGACCAGAUACUUGAUACUUCAUCACUAGUUCCUGGCUGUUCCUCUGUAGAUAAUAACAUCAAGUCAUCUAAGACGACCUCUCAAGAACAAGGACUUGUACAUCUUACUCAUAAACGUGAUAAAGAAACUCCAGAGGCUGAGUACACAGUGAACAAGUGUCCAGCUUCAACAGCCAGGGCACCUUCUUUAUCUGAAGCUAGCAAGCCUCUCCCUGAGCAUUGUGUUUCAAGUCAAGCAGAAGAUACUUCCAGCAACUUUGACAAUCUGCUUAUUGACAGAUUGCAAAGGAUCACAGUUGCAGACCAAGGUGAACACCAGACAGGAGAGAACACAAGUGCUGAGAACUUGACAGGCCUUCAUAGUGGAUCUCAGAAGAAGCCUCAUUACAUGGAAGUGUUAGAAACGCGAGCCAAAAAUCCAGUGCCCCCAUCACAUAAAUUUAAAACCAACGUAUUACCUUCACAACAGAAUGAUUCAUCUAGUCAUUGUCAAAGGAGAGGGUCUCCCAUUUCCUCAGAAGAGCGGCGGCGUAGGGAUAAGCAGCAUCUUGAUGACAUUACAGCAGCUCGGCUUCUACCACUUCACCAUAUGCCCACACAACUGCUCUCCGUAGAAGAAUCUUUGGCACUUCAGAAACAGCAGAAACAGAAUUAUGAGGAGAUGCAAGCGAAGCUCGCAGCGCAAAAAUUAGCUGAAAGACUGAAUAUUAAAAUGCACAGUUAUAAUCCAGAAGGGGAGUCCUCAGGGAAAUACCGAGAAGUAAGGGACGAAGGUGACGAUCGAUCCUCUGAUGAUGAAUUCUGAAGAUGGGCAUGGGAUAAUCUCCUAAAUUUCCAACUGUGUUGAGAUGUCAUCAUUUUACAUCAGACUUUAACAAGUAUCAAGAUCAGUGUCAGACAUUGUUGAGGGAAAAAGUUUUAUAAAGCUACACAAAAGUAGCUAUAAAAAGACCCAGUUUAUCUUUUAGAAGAUGACUUUCAUGUGCUUGAAAAGUUUAAUAUUUGAAUAUUGUGUUUAACCACAUUGUAUUAAAGUUUUGUAGUAUGUUGUGUAUUUCUUUGAUAUUUUGGUAUGCGGUAGAACACACUUUUUUCUUUAAGCGAAAUGAAAGCAGGUAACUUUUUUUCCUUAUACCCUCAAAUAGCAUUUAUUACAUGUCUUUCAGUGAAAUACUUAAUUGUCCCAGGCACCUAAAAUGAAUUAGGAAGACAUAGUUUCCUUCUUAUUUGAGUAAUGAAGGGAGCAGUCUAAAGAGUUGUGUGUAUGUAUGCAUGGGGCUGUUAUGAAACACCUAGAAAGACACUCAGAAACUGCUUAACAAGUGUCUUUCUGUCUUACCUUAGGAAGUUGUUACCUGUUUUCUGAUUAGGAAUAAGGAACACUUUGAGUGGAUGCCAGAAGGUGGAGGCCUUUCUAGGUAAACAGUUUGCCUGGAAUAACGUGAUGUAUAGGAAAAGUCCAAGCUGACUGAACUGGGUUAGAGGAGUGACUGUCUACUCCUGUGGAAGCCAGGGGAACCUGGCUUGAGUUCAUUGCUCUCACAGAUGAUAGGUUAAUGUGCAGAACGUUCAGUUUGAUAAAACCAUUUUUUAAAAAGUUGAAAUCGUCAGUACAUUGAUUUUUUCCCCCCCAAAAGAGGAAUAUAUAGGCUGCAGAAACCUCAGUCUCAUACAUGUUCAUGUCAUUUUAAAGGAUUUAUAUGGUUGUCUCCAGAGAAAUUAAUAUUUAUGUUAUAAAAAAAGUUAUUUGUCUAAUAUGUUGGAAUCUUUGAAAGUGUUGAAGAAUAAAAUAUUAAUUAGAGCAACUUCAAA